UGACGCUCUGUUUUCUCCCUCGCCUUCUCUGAUUCUGCGGACAAUUGCACUUUCCAAGAGGAACUGUUGAGAACAAUACCUAUGUCUGGGGAGACGAUCUUCACGUUGGAGAACAACCCGAGGGUAAAUGAGUAUGGACAUAAUCCCGACAGAUCCGCUGACGAAAGCGAUGUAAAUGGAUCCCCACUUCGAUGGCGGCUAGCCCUCCAUGACCUCUCGCGAUGCACUCAGGAGCACGCUUCAAGUUGCUAUAACCCGGAUACAGUCACCCUACCGACGCGGCUUCUUGACAUUACGGGAUAUCGCAAAAACAAGAUACGACUAGUGACAACAGAUGGAAGCAUUGUUGACAAGAGAUACGUCGCUCUGUCUUAUUGCUGGGGCACGUCGAAUACCUUUACGUUGUCUAAAAAGACAUCGAAUGAUUUCACGCUGGGGUUUUCGCCCUCUUGCCUACCACCUACUUUGCAAGACGCUGUCCGAGUCACGGCAGACCUCGGUAUUACUUAUCUAUGGAUAGACGCUCUGUGUAUCUUCCAAGAUUCGGAUGGGGAUUGGACAACCGAAUCUUCCAAAAUGGCUAGUGUGUAUGGCUGCGCAUUUGUUACCGUCAUCGCCGCCAAUGCUGGAGAUUGCAGCAACGGCUUCUUCCAACGGUCCAUGGACAACAGUGCGGCCGUAGGCAACCGAAAACACACCUUGAGUUUCUUCAAAUCCAGAGACGAGAUCAUCUCAUUCCAGGACGAGCCCAUCAAUGCCCGGGCUUGGACCCUCCAGGAACUGGGGCUCUCCCCACGCCGCCUCGUAUUCUCAACCAGUCGAACGGUUUUCACGUGCUCCCAGGAUUUGAAAACUGGUCAAGAACGCAACCUCUUCGGCAAGAGAAUUUGGGUUGGGCUCAAACCGGUUGUAGAUCUGGGCGAAUGGGGUCUGGUUGUGGAGAACUACAGCUCCCGGAACCUCACACACUCCGAAGACAAGCUUGCGGCCCUCGCAGGGCUUGCUGAGAAGUUCCAUCACGCUUCCGGUGGCGAGCUCGGGAAGUAUGUAGCAGGUCUCUGGGAAGCGGACCUGCCUCAACAGCUUCUCUGGCGUCGUCGGAACCCAUUCAACCGCUACCAGAAAGCUGCCAAGAACGAGAGACCCGAAGAGUGGAGGGCGCCGACGUGGUCUUGGGCCUCCUUGGAUGGUAACAUCGACUACACGUUGAACGUCUUGAGAGUUAAAAGAUUCGACAGGGCAGUCGUGAUGUCAGUAGAUGCUCCACCGGCGUCAGAACAGAAUGUGUUCGGAAAGGUAACCAGCGGCCAACUCACUAUCCGUGGCCCAAGUAUGGUGUCACGAACGGCGGAAGGACUCGAAAUUGGCCCCGUGCCAAAUGAAGGAGGCCCAUCCACAUUGACCCGCAGAGGUCAAGAAUUCGUGACUGUCGAAUUCGACAUAGAAAGUGACGUGGACAAACUCAGUCAACCGACAACAGAACUACACUUUCUCGCCAUGAUCAACAAUCCCAAAGAGUCGUAUGGUUUGGCCCUGAAAAGAAUGGGAGGGGAUAAGUUUCAGAGAGUUGGUCUUUUCGUACCAAAGAACAGCUCCCAGUGGCUUCAGGAAAGCGAAAUGGCUGUCUAUACCAUCGUCUAGAUGUAGGUUUGACCACUAGAAUUUGAUAUUCUCUGUCCA